AUGUAUCGUUCAUCUCUUCUGAAUGUACAAAGGCAAUUUACUGCUAGACAGAUAUUUCGUUCUUCAUUAGUGGCUUCUAGGCCCAAGAUAUCUCUUUCUAAAUCUUUAUUAAUACCUGGCCUAAACUUAUCAGUAAGAUGGAGUUCUAAUACACCAAAUGCAGACAGCAUAGACUCGAGCACUACGCAAGCCAUGCAAGACAUUCAAAGCAGUUUACCUUCUAUGGAUGAAAUUGCUUCCACCGGCUCAACUAUUCUAGAUCAAACCUCAGGUAUUAUUGGAGAAGCAUCAUACCAUUUAGGUUAUUUGAACAGUAUUGGUAUGGCUAAUAAUUGGUGGAGGCCUACUGACCUUAUUCAAAAUUUAUUGGAACUAACCCAUGUAUAUACAGGUUUACCGUGGUGGGGAACAAUUUGUACAUUAACAAUAGUUAUUAGACUUUUAUUAGUUCCUUUGUUCAUUAAAUCUUCCGAUACUGUUGCAAGGAACUCCAGAAUUAAACCGCAAUUGGAUAUUAUUGGUAAGAAAAUGUCUUCGGCAACAGAUCUCAGUCAAACUCAAUUAUAUAAUCUUGAAAGGAAACAAUUAUUAGCUAAACAUGGUAUCAAGAAUAGAUGGUUAAUUGCACCAAUGAUUCAAUUACCUAUUGCAUUGGGGUUCUUUGGGGCUCUUAGACAUAUGGCAAAUUAUCCAGUUGAUGGGUUUACAAACCAAGGUAUUUUAUGGUUUACAGACUUAAGCCAGGCAGAUCCGUUUUUAGGUCUACAAAUAAUAACUGCUGCAGUUUAUAUUUCGUUUACUAGAGCUGGUGGUGAAACAGGGGCUCAACAAUUUAGCCCCGUAAUGAAAAAGGUAUUUACAUUAUUGCCACUUAUAUCUAUUCCCGCAACCAUGAAAUUAUCAUCAGCAGUCGUGUUAUAUUUUGCUAUUAAUGGGUCAAUUUCAGUUUUACAAACUUUCUUAUUGAAAAAUAAAUGGGUAAGACAUAAAUUGAAAAUUGCAGAUGUUGUACAUCAUCCAGUUCCCCAAGAUCAACAAAAUAAGAGUAUACUUCAAACAAUGAAGGACAGCAUGGCAAAAGGUGCUGAAAAAUCAAAGAAAAGACGUGAAAUGCAAGAACAGGAAAACAAAAAUAAAGAAAGGGUUAAAAAAUAUAGGGAAAACUCUACUAUUAAGAUUGUAAGCAAGAAAAAUUUUAAUAAGAAAAAUUCUAUGUAA